AUGAGCGGCCUACCACCGCCUCCCCCGCCCCCAGGGUUCAAAAAAGGGUCCUCAUUACCGCCUCCACCACCACCACCAGGAUUUAAAGGUUCCCGUCCCACGCCCCCAGGUAAGCUACUUCCAGUAUCGAAUACUUCACCGCAUCUCAAAGGGAACGGCUCGUCUCAAACAGUUGAUGGUGUUUCACAGGAAAGGAACCCUGUUGCAUUCAGUCCAUCCAAUAGAUUUAAUGGGCAUCCACUGCCCCCUCCCCCACCUCCUGCAAAGGCUCAAUCCCCCUUUGACGUCAAAGCUUCCAAACUGCGGCAGCCAAGCUCGUCUUUACCAUUUGAUGAUUCCUCAGUGAAAAGAAGAAAAAGGGCACCAUCCGAUAUAGGUAGAGUUGGCAUAACGAUAGAUGCACUAAGAAUUAAGCGUACCGAAUGGCUGAAUCUACAAAGGAAAAGAUUCCAAAGGAGGGAAUCGCUGGCGAACGCCAAGGCAAGGGCACACAGGCGAGGACUGGUACACUCACACAAAGUAGACAUGCCCCCAGAACACCUUAGGAAAAUCAUUAACGAUCAUCGAGAUAUGACAUCUAAGCGUUUCGACCCUGACAGAAGAGCUUUUCUCGGAGCGUUGAAGUACAUGCCUCACGCAAUUUUGAAGCUCAUAGAAAAUAUGCCCCAGCCUUGGGAACAGAUGAGGGAAGUGAGGGUUCUGUAUCACAGCACCGGUGCGCUAACUUUCGUCAAUGAAAUACCGCGCGUAAUAGAGCCCGUUUUUGCUGCUCAAUGGUCCACUGCAUGGAUUGCUAUGAGACGGGAGAAAAGAGACCGGCGACAUUUCAAAAGGAUGCGUUUCCCGCCGUUCGACGACGACGAGCCUCCUCUCUCGUAUUCCGAACACGUACAGCAUAUUGAGCCACUAGAUGCGAUCAAUCUUAAGCUCGACGAGAUCGAGGAUGCCGCCAUAAAGGACUGGAUUUUUGAUUCGAAGCCUUUAAUUGAGAGUAAAGUUCAUUUAAACGGCUCAUCUUAUAAAGGUUGGAAACUCGACUUACAGAUAAUGUCCAACUUGUAUAGGAUGACUUCGCCUUUACUCGAAGAAGAUCAAGAUGGUAAUAGUCAGUACCUCUUCAACAAGGAUAACUUUUUCACAGCUAAAGCCCUAAACAACGCUAUUCCUGGCGGCCCAAAAUUCGAGCCCUUAUUCCCCGAGGACGAAGAUGGCGAUUACGAUGAUUUCAGCUCGCUUGAUCGCAUAAUUUUUCGUAUACCCUUGAAAACAACGUACAAGGUUGCCUUUCCUCAUCUCUACAAUCCUCGCCCUCGACAAGUCAGCCUCUCUUGGUACAGCGAACCCGUUUCUUGUCGUGUGAGCAGAAGCGGGGAUGAAACUACUCAUGCCUUUCGUUUUCACUCGACUUUCAACCUCAUUAGGGUGGCACCGCAAAAGCCCGCUGGGAUGGCUUUGAACAAUGACUUUUGUCUCCAUUCCGAUUUUGAAGCGUGUCUGGAAGACUUAGAUUUGGAGGCUCCUUUAACGCAAGAUGCAAUUUCCCUAUAUCAUGCACCCUUUCCAUUUAACAGGAGAACAGGCAAAACAACCAGGUCGCAAGAUGUAGCUUUGAUAAAAAGGUGGUUUUUACAAAAGCCAGAACAUGAUCUCCCUGUAAAGGUCAGAGUUUCCUAUCAGAAGCUAUUGAAGAAUCAAGUUUUGAAUGAGCUUAAAAAGUCAAACUCUUCACCUAGAGGCAAAAAGAAGCUGCUCAAAAGUCUACGGAAUACCAAGUUUUUCCAACAGACAACAAUAGAUUGGGUCGAGGCGGGCUUACAGGUAUGUAGCCAAGGCUUUAACAUGUUGAACUUGCUCAUUCAUAGGAAGGGUCUCACCUAUCUGCAUCUGGACUACAACUUCAACUUGAAGCCGACAAAGACACUGACGACAAAGGAGCGCAAAAAAUCGAGGUUCGGUCAUGCCUUUCAUCUAAUUCGAGAAAUUUUAAAAGCGACGAAGCUUUUGGUGGAUGCUCAUGUUCAAUAUAGGCUGGGAAACGUUGACGCUUUUCAACUAGCUGAUGGAAUCAACUAUAUUUUAAACCAUCUUGGGCAGUUGACAGGUGUUUACCGGUACAAGUACAAAGUCAUGCAUCAGAUCAGGGCUUGUAAGGAUCUCAAACACAUUAUCUACAAUCGUUUCAACAGAAUAAUCGGGAGAGGCCCCGGCUGCGGUUUUUGGCAUCCCUCUUGGCGUGUCUGGAUUUUUUUCAUGAGAGGGAUCAUUCCCCUACUAGAGCGCUGGCUUGGAAAUCUCCUCGCACGUCAGUUUGAGGGUCGAUCUAGCGAAGUCGUCAAGACAGCGACAAAACAACGUCUAGACGCAUAUUACGAUCUCGAGCUGAGAGCCGCGGUCAUGAAUGACAUCCUCGAUAUGAUGCCCGAAGGAAUAAAACAGAACAAAACGAAAACAAUUUUGCAGCACCUAAGUGAGGCGUGGCGAUGUUGGAAGGCAAACGUUGCAUGGAACGUAUCGGGUAUGCCAGAACCCGUCAAGGUUAUAAUCGAGCGAUACAUCAAGGCAAAAGCCGACGGCUGGGUGUCUGCUGCUCACUAUAAUCGCGAUCGCAUAAAACGUGGUGCUCAUGUUGAAAAAACUGUGGUACGAAAAAAUUUGGGGAGACUGACACGUCUGUGGAUGAAGUAUGAGCAAGAACGGCAGCAGAAAAUUGAGCAGAACGGUCCAGAUAUUACUCCGUCUGCUGCCACAAGUAUCUUUAGAGCAAUGGUUAACUGGUUAGAAAUUAAUAACUUCUCUCCCAUACCAUUUCCUCCAUUGACCUACAAGAAUGACACUAAAAUUCUAGUACUGGCGCUUGAAAAUCUUAAGAAUGCUUAUUUCUCCAAGGUAAGGCUGAAUGCAACCGAAAGAGAGGAAUUAGCUUUGAUUGAAGAAGCUUAUGACAACCCUCAUAACACGCUUAAUCGUAUCAAAAAAUAUCUUUUAACGCAGAGAGUUUUCAAACCUGUUGAUCUUUCUAUGAGAGAUGAACUUCUUCAAAUUUCCCCUGUUUACUCGGUCGACCCUUUAGAGAAAAUCACAGACGCAUAUCUUGAUCAGUACCUAUGGUACGAAGGUGAUCGAAGACAUUUAUUUCCUAACUGGAUUAAACCUAGCGAUACGGAAAUUCCUCCAUUGCUGGUCUACAAGUUAGCGCAGGGGGUAAACAACGUCAAUGGUGUUUGGGAUGUAUCGAAUGGUCAGUCAACUGUCAUAUUGCAGACAAAGUUGGAUGAAUUAGCAGAGAAGAUCGACUUUACUCUACUCAAUCGACUGUUGAGACUUAUCAUGGAUCCUAACUUGGCUGACUACAUCACUUCUAAGAACAACAUAGUUCUGAACUUCAAAGAUAUGAGUCAUGUCAACAAGUAUGGCCUCAUCAGAGGUCUCCAAUUCUCGUCAUUUGUCUUUCAAUACUACGGGCUCAUGAUUGACCUUUUGAUACUUGGUCCGGAAAGGGCAUCCGAAUUAGCCGGACCACCAAGUUCACCGAAUGAAUUUCUGCAGUUUAAAAGUCUCGAUGUCGAAAAGCGAUCACCACUCAAGCUUUAUUGCAGAUACUUCGACCAAAUACAUAUUAUCUUGCAUUUUCAGGAACAUGAAGCGGAGGAACUUGUUCAGGACUAUCUUUCGGAAAACCCAGAUCCAAACUUUGAAAAUGCGGUGGGGUAUAACAACAAAAAAUGCUGGCCCAAAGACUCUCGCAUGAGAUUGGUUCGGGAUGAUGUCAAUUUAGGCAGGGCUGUUUUUUGGGAGUUUGCUAGUCGCGUACCUUCAUCAUUAGCAAACAUAUCCUGGGAAAACUCUUUAUCUUCUGUUUACAGCAAAACUAAUCCCAAUCUGUUGUUCACGAUGUGUGGAUUUGAAGUACGCAUACUACCCAAUGCAAGAAUUGAAGAGAUGAUAUCGACAGAUGAAGGAGUUUGGGACCUAGUCGAGGAAGACACCAAACGACGGACGGCAAAAGCCUUUUUGAAGGUUUCUGACGAAGGCGUUGAAAAAUUCAACAAUACAAUCAGAGGAAUUUUGAUGGCGUCUGGAUCCACAACUUUCACGAAAAUCACAGCGCGAUGGAACACAGCUUUGAUUUCUUUGUUUGCCUAUUACCGAGAAGCCAUUGUUGCAACAGGCUCUCUUUUAGAUGUACUGGUCAAGUGUGAAACAAAAAUUCAAAACAGGGUAAAGCUGGGACUCAACUCAAAAAUGCCAACGAGGUUCCCACCUGCAGUUUUUUAUACACCGAAGGAGCUUGGCGGUCUAGGCAUGUUAAGCGCUUCCCAUAUUUUAAUUCCGGCCUCUGACCUGAGCUGGUCUAAACAGACUGAGACGGGAAUAACGCAUUUCAGGUCGGGUAUGACCCAUGAGGAAGACAAACUUAUUCCAACUUUGUUCAGAUAUAUCACAACAUGGGAAAACGAGUUCUUAGACUCGCAAAGAGUGUGGGCAGAUUACGUCGCAAAGAGACAAGAGGCCCUGCAACAGAACCGUCGCCUGGCAUUUGAAGAGUUGGAAGGUUCCUGGGAUCGGGGUAUUCCUCGCAUUAGUACCUUGUUUCAAAAAGACAGGCACACACUAGCUUACAACAAAGGGUAUCGAGCAAGGCUACACUUUAAGCAAUUUUCAUUGGAACGUAAUAAUCCGUUUUGGUGGACGGAUACUCAUCAUGAUGGUAAACUUUGGAAUUUAAAUGCUUACAGAACUGACGUUAUUCAGGCUUUGGGAGGAAUAGAAACAAUUCUUGAGCACACACUUUUCAAAGGCACGGGAUUUAGCUCUUGGGAAGGUCUUUUCUGGGAAAAGGCCUCUGGAUUCGAGGACUCCAUGCAGUUCAAAAAAUUAACUCACGCUCAGAGGACAGGUCUAAGUCAAAUUCCCAAUCGUCGUUUUACGUUAUGGUGGUCACCAACAAUUAAUAGGGCCAAUGUUUACGUUGGUUUCUUGGUCCAGCUGGAUCUGACAGGAAUUUUUCUGCACGGAAAAAUUCCAACCCUUAAGAUCUCACUAAUCCAAAUAUUCAGAGCCCAUUUGUGGCAGAAGAUUCACGAAAGUAUUGUUUUCGAUAUUUGCCAGAUCAUCGACGGUGAAAUCGACACGCUACAGAUUGAGUCUGUAGACAAGGAAGCAAUUCAUCCGAGAAAAUCAUACAAAAUGAAUUCGUCUGCUGCGGACGUUUUAUUGAAGAGUAACUAUUCUUGGAAUGUUACCAGGCCUUCUCUUCUCCAUCAGUCAAAUGACACGUAUGAUGCAAUCAGUACAGGAAAGAUGUGGAUCGACGUGCAGCUUCGUUAUGGUGAUUAUGAUUCUCACGAUAUUUCAAGAUACGUGAGGGCCAAAUUUCUGGACUAUACAACAGACAAUGUCAGCAUGUAUCCUUGUCCUACAGGCGUAAUGGUGGGUAUUGACCUUGCGUACAACAUGUACGACUGCUACGGUAACUGGUUCGAGGGGUUAAAACCAUUAUUGCAAAAUGGUUUAAAGACAAUAAUGAAGGCAAAUCCCUCCCUGUACGUCCUCCGAGAGAGAAUUAGAAAGGGGCUUCAGAUUUAUCAGUCUCAAACCCAAGAGCCUUUUUUGAACUCCUCAAACUAUGCAGAAUUGUUCUCAGAUGACACGAAGUUCUUUAUUGACGAUACGAACGUGUACAGAGUAGCUGUGCACAAGACUUAUGAAGGAAAUAUUGCAACCAAACCCAUUAACGGCUGCAUCUUCACAUUAAAUCCCAAAACGGGAGAACUCUAUCUCAAAAUCAUCCACACCUCAGUGUGGGCAGGUCAAAAACGUCUGAGUCAAUUAGCGAAAUGGAAAACUGCAGAAGAAAUUAGUGCUUUGAUAAGGUCCCUACCAAAAGAGGAGCAGCCCAAGCAGAUCAUUGUUACAAGAAAAGCAAUGCUCGAUCCCCUCGAGGUGCACAUGCUAGACUUCCCCAACAUAUCCAUUAGACCAACAGAGUUGAAGCUACCAUUUUCGGCUUCAUUGGCAAUUGAAAAACUAUCUGACGUUGUUUUGAAAGCUACUGAGCCACAAAUGGUUCUCUUUAAUAUUUAUGAUGACUGGCUUGACCGCGUUUCUUCAUACACGGCUUUUUCAAGACUGAUUUUGUUACUAAGAGGAUUACGGACCAACGAGGAAAAAGCUCAGAUGAUUCUAAAAAGCGAUCCAACGAUACCUACCAAAGAGUAUCAUGUAUGGCCUUCUUUCAAUGAUGAUCAAUGGAUUGAAGUUGAAAGUAAAAUGCGUGAUUUGAUUUUGGACGAAUAUGGAAGGAAGUACAAUGUCAAUAUUGCAUCAUUGACACAGACGGAAAUCAAGGACUUGAUUUUGGGCCAAAACAUCAAGGCGCCAUCUGUGAAGCGACAGCAAAUGGCAGAAAUUGAGGCUGCAAAAUCUUCAAACAACAAUGCCAAUGCUGAUGAGCAAUCUGCUGUAGCGACAAAGAUAAAACAGACAAAUGCGCAAGGUGAAGAAAUUAUGGUCGUUACAUCUACCAACUUUGAGAAUCAAACAUUUAGUUCCAGCAACGAAUGGCGCCAAAGGGCAAUAUCAAACUCGUUACUAUACAUGCGCUUAAGAACGAUCUACCUUUCGUCAGAAGAUUUCGUAGAGGAGAAAAACGUUUACAUUCUGCCAAAGAAUCUUCUGAAGAAAUUUGUUGAGAUUUCGGAUUCCAAAGCGCAGGUGGGAGGGUUUAUUUUUGGUAGCUCCGCGAGAGACCAUAAAAGGGUAAAAGAGAUCAAGACAAUAGUGAUGGUGCCUCAACUUGGUAACAGUCAUACAAUUCAGCUUGGUAAAUUGUCAGAAGAAUCACCAUAUCUUCAGAGCUUGGAGCUGCUUGGAUGGGUGCACACUAAUGGUGAAGAGCUUAAAUACAUGACGUCCGCCGAGGUGUCCAUUCACUCCAAUCUUUUUCAGAAUCGUCAAGAUGCCAUAGAUUUGUCAGUCUAUCUCAACCCGGGUUCAAUCUCGUUGUCGGCUUACACAUUGUCAAAGGAAGGAUUUGAGUGGGGCUCCACUAAUCAAGAUCAUUCAGCCAGAACUCCAGAGGGCUUUGAGCCAACUUACAGUGAGCAUGCGCAGUUGAUGCUUUCUGACAGAAUCACUGGUUAUUUUCUGGUGCCUUCUUCAGACAUUUGGAAUUAUGCUUUCAUGGGCGCAGCGUUCGAUUCAAGAAAAACAAGUACUCUUAAGCUUGAUGUGCCACUUGAGUUUUACAAUGAGAUGCAUCGUCCUGUUCAUUUUCUGCAAUUUGGCGAGGUGAUGGAUAAUGAAGAUCUAGAACCUGAUCAAGAAGAUGUCUUUGGUUAA